UUGCCUGGUGAAACCCAAUAAGUGACGAAAAGUGAGAUUUUAAAGUAAAAACAGUCUUAGACUGAUUCGGUAUCGCUUAAUCUAAUAGUAAUAUCGGAUAAGCGGAUUUGACAUGUAUCACGGAAAUAUGCCGAGUUGAUAACCCAAUAAGUACUUGAUGUGAAGUUUUAAUUUAGAACUAAAUACUACAAGUACAUUUAAGCCUUCAGUUUUUAGUAAUACUUAGUGGAAGAACCACGCAAUACACAUUUAUAGGUAUUUAGUGCAGAGAUAUUUACACUAAAUUAAACUAAACACAAAACGUAGAAACAGUUAAUAUUACUUACCCGGUGUUACCUCAUUACGAUUCGAACCUUAAAAGGAUUUUAGUAAGACUUAGAAUACGGUAAAAGCAAUUGUCGGAUUCUACUUUUACGAUAUUAUUUAUUAAACGUACAAACUACUUACAAGAGAAACCCAAUAAACAAACUUAUAGUACUUAUCUGAAACAAAUCUUUAUGAAAUAUUAUGUUAAGUCUAGUUAUCGGAUUCUCGCACGGACCUUUAACAAAUUUCUUUUAAAAAGUUGUCCGGGGAAGAAUCCAAUAAGUAUGUUUAACGACCGCAAGGUCAUGCGCCGCCUCGACAGGUAGUGACAGGAUCGCAAGCGCUCCACUGCGUCGUUGCAUAUUUAAUUGAAAAUAGCUGUUAAAAAGUUGUGUAUUGUGUUAAUGAAGGUUGUAUAUGUGUUAAAAGUUGUGUGAUGGGUGACCGAGGUAGAAAAUUAGUGCAACUAGCCUGCAGUAACAUGCUAGAAACAGUGGGAUCAAGUACUUCUAAUAACAGAUUUUCUAUGACUGGACCUAGUGCUUCAACGGCAAAUGAAAACAUAAGCUGUUGUCUGCAAAACAAUAAAGAUGACGAUGACUCCUCCGAUCUUGAUGAAUUGCAAAUUUAUAUUGCUACCCAAAUGCACAAUAUUGUCAUCGAUGAUAAUAGUACGGCAGACUCGAAUGAUGAAACCAAUUUAUUCGGCAGUGACUAUUCGGAUGAAGAUCCCACUUACGUGCCAGAUCCUAAGGACUAUUCAUCAAAGCAAAUAGAUUCUGACUCUGAUUUUAUUCCUGAAAGUCCGAAUGUUUCAUCCAAACAGGAAAACUUUUUUAUGGUGCUGAUUGAUGAAGUUUUAGAUCGAGUUUGGAUUUCUGUAGAAGGUGACCAUUCAGCAGGAGCUUAUGUUCUAGAUUCAGAUUCAGAGAACGAUACACCUCAGAAAAAUGAUUCCGGCCAUUAUAUUAUGAUUCCUGAAACUCCCAGCCCAUGCAAACAGCAGGAACGUUUCUUGCCAAUACUUAACAACGUUUGUAUUUCUGGAGAAGGUGAAUUUAUAGAAAGAGCUCCUUCUUAUGUUCCAGAUUCAGAGGACGAUACAUUAAAAGUAUUAAAACCAACUGACUGCUGCAAUGAUAGUAUGAUCCCAGAAAGUUCGGGUGUUCGUUCACAAGUGGAAGACACUGUUUACUUAAUUUUAGACAAUAUUUUAGACAGAGUUUGGAGUCGUGUCAAACCCUUGAAGCGACGUAAGCAAGCUAAGCCAUCUGAAUGGAAAAUAAAUAUCGCCAGAAAGCGAAAAAUGGAAGGGCUACCUUAUGUGACCCAAGGCAUUAAGCGUCCUGCUAAAGUUCCAAAACCCAUUGAAUGUAAUAAAUGCCAAUUCAAAUGUACUGAAAAGUUUUCCGAAGAAGAACGUUACAGUUUGUGCCGUAAUUUCUACAGUAUGGAUUUCCGAGCAAGAAAGAACUUCAUUCUUUCUUGCAUAAAAAUUCAGCCUAUUAUAACCCGAAAAGUACAGAAGGCAUCUAAUAAAAAGGAGCGUUCAUAUAGUAAAAAAUGUUUCUUUCAGAAAGACAAUGACCAAAUCCAAGUUUGUCAAAAAUUUUUCAUGGCUACAUUGUGCAUUAGUGUAGAUGUCAUCUCCGAUGCUGUGAAUAAAAAGGAUUCGUUAGGAAUGUAUGCCGGGGAUGAUAAGCGUGGCAAGAAAAGUCCACCAAAUAAAACUAAAAUAGAAGAUGUUCAACGGGUCAAGAAUCACAUAGAGAGCUUUCCUGUAAUGGAUUCUCAUUACUGCCGUAAAGACAGUAAGAAGAAAUACCUUUAUCCUGACGCUAAAUCGGUUAUUAACAUGUACAGAUUGUAUGAAGAUUCAUGUAAAAAGACUAAUAAAAAGCCGGUUUCAGAGUCAAAGUAUCGUGAUAUUUUAAUGAAGAAUACAAUUACAGCUUUUUCAGCCCGAAAAAAGAUCUCUGCAACGUUUGCACAAAGUAUGAAAAAUCUCUAUCCAAAGAAGAGCUAGAAGAUGAUUAUCAACAGCAUUUACAACGGAAGACGGUUUGUCAAAAUGCUAAAGACGCUGACAAAGCUCGUGCUAAUAUAGACGAAACGUUCAUGUCAAUAACUAUGGAUUUACAGGCAGUUUUGCAAGUACCUAAUGGCGGAGAAAGUUUACUAUACUACAUGAGAAAAUUAGUUCUCUUUAAUUUUACCAUUUAUGAAGCCAGACUUCCAAAUAAUGCUUACUGUCUUUGCUGGAGUGAAAUAAAUGGUAAUAAAGGCAGUUGUGAAAUUGGAACAUGCCUUUUCUACUACUUAUCUGAAUUGCCUAAAACCGUGACAGAAUUAAGCAUUUUUUCGGAUACGUGCAGCGGCCAGAACCGCAAUCAAUAUAUUUCGGCUCUCUUACUCUGGGCAGUACAAAAGACAGACCACCUACAAAUAAUUGAGCAAAAGUUUCUCGAAAGUGGGCAUAGCCAUAUGGAAGUUGAUUCGAUGCAUGCAGCUAUUGAACAUGCAUCGAAAAACGUUUCAAUCAAUAGCGUUUCUGACUGGAAGAAUGUAUUUAGAUUUGCUAGAACUAAAAAAACUAAGUCCGUUACCACUGACGAAGGAAAGAAAAAAAUUGAAAUCGAUAGCUAUAAAGUGAAAGAGUUUAAAUAUAACGAGAUGUUGGACUUAAAAAAGCUAAGUGCUGCUAUAAUGAAUAAUAAAAACAAAG